AUGUCUGUGCCCAAGGCAGCCGACCUCCCCCCAGGAGUUCCCACCCCACCACGUCUGAACACCAGUCCCCCGGAGGUGCCCAACGCAAAAGUCUCCUUUCCCAUACCACACGUCCUGCUCGUGACGCUUAACCGCCCGGAUUCCCUCAAUGCCAUUCCACGGCCUCAGCACUUUGCCCUCGGCCGCCUCUGGGACUGGUUCGAUGACGAACCGGCCUUGCGUGUCGCUGUUAUCACGGGCACAGGCCGCGCUUUCUGCGCCGGCGCCGAUCUGAAAGAGUGGGACGGGCUAAACAGCGCCGGGACCUCCGGCCCCCAGAAGUCCGUAAGCGGCGCGCCGUCGCAGACCUCGACGACGCCGGACGGGAGCACGUCAGAGUCAGAGCAGCGUGCCGGCGCCCGCGACAUGCCGGCGUCGCGCUUCCCGCGCGGCGGCUUCGGCGGCAUGUCCAACCGCGGCGGCCAGAAGCCGAUCCUGGCCGCCGUUAACGGCCUGUGCCUCGGCGGCGGCAUGGAGAUGGCCAUCAACUGCGACAUGGUGCUGGCGUCGGAGGACGCCGUCUUCGGGCUGCCCGAGGUCACCAUCGGCGUCAUCGCGCUGGCGGGAGCGCUGCCGCGCCUCGUGCGCAGCGUCGGCCGCCAGCGCGCCGCCGAGAUGGCCCUCGGGGGCAAGAAAUACGGCGCCGAGGAGAUGCGGCGCUGGGGGCUCGUCAACGAGGUCGUGCCCGCGGGCGACGCGGAGGGCGCCGCCGCCGAUGGCCUGGGCCGGACCCGCGUCCUGGCCAAGGCGCUCGAGUGGGCCGCGCGCAUAGCGGGCAACAGCCCUGACGCCGUGGUCGUCAGCAGGGAGGGGCUCAAGCUUGGCUGGGAGGGUGUUGGGCCCGAGGUCGGCACCAACAUGCUGAUUCACGGCUGGUACGGCCGCAUGGAAAAGGGCGAGAACAUGCGGGAGGGCGUCAAGAGCUUUGUGGAGCGGAGGAAGCCCGUAUGGGUUGAUAGUAAGCUGUAA